AUGCCCUGCAAGGCGCUCGCCCUCUGCCUCCUGGGGCUCCUGGCUCUCUCCUCCGCUUGCUACAUCCAGAACUGCCCCAUCGGGGGCAAACGCGCCGUCCUGGACAUGGACAUCAGGAAGUGCAUGCCCUGCGGCCCCAGGAACAAGGGUCGUUGCUUUGGUCCCAACAUCUGCUGCGGGGAAGAGCUGGGUUGUUACAUCGGCACCUCCGAAACGCUGCGGUGCCAGGAAGAAAAUUUCUUGCCAACCCCCUGCGAGUCGGGGCACAAAGCCUGUGGCGGGAGCGGAGGGAGCUGCGCAGCCCCCGGCCUCUGCUGCAGCAGCGGAGAGAAGAACCUCCAGGAUCCCAUCUCUACCGAGCUGUACCAGGCUGAGAACAGACGAGCCAAGGUCUGCAACUCGGAUUUAAGAGAUGACCUUAAUGAGAAAUAA